AUGGAGGAGCUUGCCAGAGAUAGUAUCAGCCUCUUGGCUAAACCUGUCUGUCUGGAUUCAGGGAAAUCUGGAUUGUCCUCCUAUGGGGCGAUUUUUAUCCUAUUAAAGUCAGCUCUUGGAGCUGGGCUCCUGAAUUUCCCCUGGGCCUUCAACAGAGCGGGAGGAAUCCACACAGCCAUAGCCGUGGAAAUGGUUUCCCUCAUCUUCCUCAUCAGUGGACUUGUUAUUCUUGGUUACUCCUGCUCAAUCAGCAAUCAGUCGACCUACCAAGGGGUGGUGAAGACAAUCUGCGGUUCAGCCAUUGGGAACCUCUGUGAAAUAUGCUUUGUCUUCAACGUUUUCAUGAUUUCAAUAGCAUUUCUUGUUGUUGUUGGUGAUCAGCUGAGCAAGUUGUGUGAUUCACUAAACAACAAUGAAACAAUGUCUGAGGAGCUGGGCCAGUCACGUUCCUGGUAUCUGGACCAUCGAUUGGGGCUCUCCGCUCUCUGUGUCUUGGUGAUCUUGCCAAUCUCAGUGCCUAAAGAGAUCGGCUUCCAGAAGUGCACCAGUGUAUUAGGUACGUUUGCUGCCAGCUAUUUGACUAUUGUGGUUGUGAUCAAGUUCUACCUGAUGGAGGAUUCCACGUUAAUUGGACAACAGCAUCACAACCCCAGUGUCUCAUCAUGGACUGCUUUGUUCAGUGUUGUACCAACAAUCUGUUUUGGCUUCCAGUGCCAUGAGGCAAGCGUUGCCAUCUACAGCAGCAUGCAGAACAGGAAGCUGUCUCACUGGAUUUGGGUGUCCAUUGUCUCGAUGAUAUUUUGUCUUUUCAUUUACUCCAUCACUGGAUUCUAUGGAUAUCUAACAUUUGGUACAGAUGUUGAAGCAGAUAUUCUGAUGUCGUACCCGGAAAACGACAUCCUUAUCAUAAUUGGGAGGCUGCUAUUUGGAAUCUCUAUCAUCACCAUCUAUCCCAUCAUUCUUCUUUUGGGAAGGUCUGUGAUUCAGGAACUGUGGGUGAAGCACAGGCGCCGGUACAUUGUGAUCACGGUGGCCUAUGAGAAGUGGCUGCGAGUCCUGCUGACGGUGAUUUGGAUCUCAGUCACGCUGGCGGUGGCUGUCUUUGUCCCAGAUAUCAGCGAGGUCAUCAGCCUGAUUGGAGGAAUCAGUGCCUUCUUCAUCUUUAUCUUUCCAGGACUUUGCCUAGUGUUCGCAAUGCAAACAGAACCAGUCUCUCCCCGAGCAAGGUCCUGCUUGAUUUUCUGGGGAACCCUCACAAUCCUGUGUGGAGUCUUCAUCUUUGGUCAAAGCACAGCCAUUGCCAUCAUGGAAGUAUUAGAAAAAUUUUGAGGUCUUUUUGCAAUCUCA